GUCAUCACGUCGUGUUUGAACGAUGCGGCGCGUUACCGAGGAAAAGUAACUUCACACACAGCUCGUGAUCUUGUCGCGUCUCCUCUCCGUUUAUAAAACACGUGUGUUCAAUGGCAUCGAGCGUCUCACUGCACCUGAACCAUCACGCACGGCUUCUGUCCUCGUGCCUGCGAUGACCUGUAAACUCAACGGCCUGUUCAGCAUCGGGGAGGACUUCGAUGAUGAGGACCUGCCCGGGACGGACUGGUCUGUCCUCUCGGCGUCCGGAGCCUCCGACGUGGCAGCUGUCGUGUCCUCCUGCUCUCUGCGGGCCCCCACUGCUGCUCACACAGAGCCGGAGAGGAAGCACCUCCAGCGAAGUGCCCAGAGAUCAACUGCAGCCUCAAGCAGCAGCAGCAACAGCAGCACACACACUGAUGCUGCUGCUGCUGCUGGACAAACUGUUGUUGUUGGUUUGAGACAGCUCUCCACCUCCUCUUCCUCCUCCUCCUCCUCCUCCUCCUCCUCACAGCCUCACUCCCUCCGUCCUCCCACACAGAACAACACACUUUUGGCACAACAGCCGAAGCCCUGUGCGGCCCAGGAUGAUUUCGAUGAUUGGGAUGUUGACCUGGCAGACCUGGACGAGUGUGACGGCCAGAUGGGUCAGCCGCCCCAACCUCCCGCCCCCUCUCCAUCUGCGCCCACAGCCGAGCCGGCAUCUUCAGCCAAGACUCUUCGAGCCCCGACCUGUGGAGGGUUACAGACGCCGCCCGAUCGAACGCUGAGGGAGGUCAACGCCGCACGCCAACCAUGUAGCUCGUCUAAUCACAACCUGCCUUCCCAGAUCCUCUCGUCUACUCGCGUGCGAUCUCCGCUUCCCCGCCCUGCUUUCCUGCCUCCACACAGUCCUGGGUUUUUUUCUGGCCUCACUUCCACUUCUCCUGCGCCGAGCCCCAUUUCCAGGUCACUAAUCCGACCCCAGCCGCCACAGAGGCUAUGGUCAACUCCAGGACCCUCCCCUCAGGCCCGUGGCUUCUUCGAGACAGUCUCCCCAGCCCCCUCCUCCUCUACGAACUCCACCAUGCUCAGCCCUCAUCCCCUUCGCACACCGCUCCUCACCAACCGGCUGGUCCAGCUUGUAUCCGCUUCCAAUAGGCUUCCUUCAAAAAGGCCUCACUCGGAGCCUCACAGGACGAGGACCCGGCGGUUCCCCGGGCCCGCUGGAUUCCUGCCAGAACAGACACAAGGGCAGAGCCUGGACGAUGUAGUGGUUUCUGUCCCUCACACCCCUGCUCACGGGGCUGUGGCCCGGUCACCAAACCAGGUUUCCAGCUCCCAAACGGAGGAGGACGAGUUCAGUGGCGGUGCCUGGGCAGCGAUGAAGGCAGAGAUGGGAUUGGAUGAGCGGAACCCGUCCUGCUUCCUGCAGACCUACAGUGUGGUCAUGGUGCUUCGGAAGGCUGCGCUGAAGCAGCUGGCAAAAAACAAAGUGCCUAACAUGGCCGUGCUUCUGAAGAGCAUCGUCCACACAAACACUGACGCCAAGGCCGUGUUCAAGGACCCCACAGGGGAGAUUCAGGGAACUGUGCACCGGUGUCUUCUGGAGGAAAGAGCGGAGGAGCUGAAGGUCGGAGCCGUGCUGCUGCUCAAACAAGUUGGUGUGUUUUCCCCGUCCCAUCGGAACCAUUACCUGAAUGUGACACAGAACAACCUGCUGAGGAUCUACACCUCUGAUGGAGUCGGUCUGUCCUCCACUCAGCUCUCCCCACUCUUCCUGGAGCCAAUGUUGCAGUCAACCGCUCAGCCUCCCACAAUCCGCCGGGAGCCAGUGUCUCAGAUGCAUCUGGUGUUUGACGAGGAAGAAGACGAGAGACAAGAGGGUGGAAGAUGCACAGAGGGAGGCAAAGACCCUCAAGCCCCAACAGACGGCAGACUCCGCUCCAGUGGAGGCCCCCAACAGCCUGCUGGGAAUCCAGCACCACAGAACCCAGACUGGGAUGAAGAUGAUGACUUGGACGAGCUCCUGGGAGAGUUGCCCGAGGACAGCUACAGCCUCUGAUGUAACUUUACAUCAGCAAAUGACUGUCUCCACCGACUCGAGUUCUUUCAUGACGGACUGAUUGUGAACCUUUUCUUUUCCUGACCUCGCUUCUUGAGAAUCAGAGAUGCCUGACGGCUGAAGAGCCAGAGAUAGAGUGUACGACUGUGUUCAGCACCGAGUUAAAAAAACAACCAACAGAAUAUCGCCUCAGUUAAUUUGUUGUCACAAUCUCAUUGUUCUGCAUCAGUGAUGAUUGAUGUGUUAUAAGAGGCAGUCACUCGAAGCCAACACGUGUUCGUUAACUAAUCACAAAGCUCCAGAAAUCCUCCCAGUUUGAUUUCAGCUCCACUUCUCACUUCUCAUAAAGACUGUAAUUAUAAUUAGAGAUCGUGUGUGCGUGCGUGUCCAAGAAAAAAAUCCUCUCACUUUUCCUUCAUUCUUGUCCAUCGUCACUCCUGCGUCGUUGACCUUGAAAUGAAACACACAUAUGCACAACAUAGAUUUUUCAAUUAUACAAAUUGAAAGCAAAGAGCGACAUGAUUUUCUCUGCUACAUUUUGGUUUUCGUCCGUGCCCUCCUCUUUUUCGGCUGUCUGUUUAUCUGAGCCUCGGCGUGGAGUGGAUAAACUGUGACCCGGCUUGUUGCCGUGCAUUAAGAGGUGUAUCAGAGGUUGUCAGACAGGGAUUGCGGCGAGGAAGUCUGGAGUCCCGUGGGAUCUGUUUGACCACGAAGCGUUGAUCCUUGCCUGAAUCGGGGUGGAGUCGCUCUGUGACUAACAGGCUCUUACGGAGACUCCAAACAGGAUGUGAGCCCCAGAUCCAGACUCCUGCACUGCCCCCUGCAUGCCUCAGAAACACUGUAACAGAUUCAGGUUAAUCCUCAGUCCUUUGUCAUGUCAUCUCUGAUGCUGCAGCAGAAAUUUCCUGGCUUGUGUUCAGAAGAGAGGGAGAGGGGAGGGGGAUGAUGAAACCGGGUGCAUUUGUAGUCAUCCCAAAUACGUCUGGCUUUCUCGUCUUAGCUGUGGGACUGAAAUAAGUUUACAGCACAGUCUGUAAGCUUUUGCACAGUGACACGUUUUGUGCUGCCUUGGCUCAGAACAUCUACACAAUUGAUCAUAGACAAUGACUGAGGGCGAAGUGCUGAAAUAUGGGGACAUUUACAUCCAGAGAUGGUACCACUGUCCCUUUCUUCCUGCUUCAAAAAUUGAGUUAUAUGUUUUUUAAGGGAUUCAAGCCUCAUUUGAAUUUGAUAUGGAUUUGAAUGGCAUAAGGGACGAUUCACCCAGAUAUCACACUCACCCCGCCUAGCUGACUUGUCCAAUUUUAAAAUCACUGGCAAAACACAUAAAAACAAGUCGGCAGCAACAUGUCUUUCCAAAAAUAGCUUCCAGGUUGCUGUGAAUAAUCCACACUAAUAACCAGCACACUGUUUCUGGAAGAAAGAUGUUAAUGUUAGCUGUUUUUGAAAUGUAAUUUUUCAAGCACAACAAACUCAUUUCCGUUUUAUGUACAAUCACCUGGACGAAGAAAAUUGCCUUUUUCUAGCUUGAUAUUAACACAAGGUAUUGAAAGCAUAUCAGAUUAUUGUCAUUUGAACGAGCGUUUAGGUUUGAGGGUGUUUACAUCCACAGAAUAGGAGGUGAACAGAUUUAAGUGUGUUCACCAGUUAAGUGCAACGUCAACACUUUAACCUCAACGCUACUGAUUUAGUUCAAAUCCAGUCUUCUGAACCAAACCACAAAAUACAUAUGUCACUGUCCAUACACUGAAGAGCACAAAGCAUCCCACGCUGAAACCUCAGGGGUCACCAUGGUGAUACAUAGACUGGAAAUCCCUCACGGCAGGUUGCAUAUGUUAUCAGCUAAACUACCAGGUAGUAAUUCAUCUAUCAUUUGUAUGACAUGGAUACUGUUUAUGGAUCUUAAGGAGACUUUAACAAGUAAUUGGCAGGAAAGAUGUGAAGAAUGAAAAGAUCACAGCCUCAUUUAAAGAAACAAGUAUUUUUCUUCUGUCCUAGUAAACAUCUAAAUGAUCUUUUCGGCAGCCCUUGCACCAAAUAAUAUGUAUGGCUCUUGUUACAUAAAUGAAAGAAAUGUUUGAUUGUUGCCGUAAGUAAUCCUCUGCUGCAGACACAGAACAUCUAAGUGUCUCUACACACCAGCAGGGGGUAGCAUUUCACAGCCUGACUGGCAGUUCUGGUCCUAGUGGACCUCAUUAGUCAAGUUCAUCGGUUUAUGAGAGCGAAGUGACAUCCACACCCAGUUAAGAGUCAUGAUAACAAUCCUAAUCAGAGGAGAUCUUAAGUUGACCAGAACAAGGCUCUUUGAAUCUAUCUCUGUGUGGGCGCUCUCUCUCUCUUAUCGACACAUCUACCAAUUAAGACCUCCAUAAAGAGGAGGGAGGCAAAAAAGUCUGCAGCUAUUGCUCACAAUCUAGAAUAAUUUGCCCUUCAACUUCAGACGCCUCUUGUCUGCGGUAAUAAUGGAGUGGGCCCGGUCUGGCAAAAUUUGGUACUUCUGCAUCCUAAUUAUCUCCUGGUAGCGGCAUAUUAUUGUUCAUAAUCCAUUGAGAUAGUCAGAAGUGUUAUUACUCUUUCAGUCUAGUCAUGCAUAUCGUAUAAGACGUGCCUUAUGACUGACAAAAUAAUAUAUUUUUUAAAGCGAUCCUUAUCUAUGGUUUACUCUGUAAAGUCCUACUAACUCUGAGAUUUGACCAGAGAGGCCGGAAAUAUCCAACAGGCAUCUUUAUAAUAAGUUCUGUCUUAAGGGAAGAGCUCAUGACUCAAAAAGGUGUGGAAAAUUGAAAAAAAUAAAUGUCAGGCAGUGGUCAGUAAAAGAUUCAAAUGUGCUCUACAGUACCAAAAAAGAAAGAACAAAAGAUGGGGCCUAUUUACAACAAAUUACAUUAGAGAGCAUGAAACUUAUUAAAACCAAUAACUAAAUUCAAUAACAUAUUAGAAAUAUUAAAACGUACACAUACCAAUCAUAUCAAUAUGAUUGUAUGUUUAAGAUGUUCAAAAUGUAUUCUAGGGUCGAAGAAAGAAGUUAAUAUUUGAACUACAGUUCCAUGAUGGUAACAAGUGAUUUAGUAUUGGAAGAACGACAAUGGACCUUGUUCUGUCGUUGCUUUGUAGGAACAUAUUUUGAAUAAACAUUUUUUAUACUCGUUUACAUGAUACAGUGAAUAGUAUAUGUUCACAUGUGACAUAUAUACAAGAAAAAUAUUUAAAAAAUGAGGAACAUGGUAAAUGAAGCUGCUUUAAACACUAAGUCAUCAGAUCUCAACCCAACUGAACACCUUAGUAACAUGUUGGAUAGCCCAUCAUCUAACCCCCACAGCUUGUAUCAUUGUGUUCAUUCACCCAUUAGUGGCUCUCAGCAGCAUUUCAAUGGUUCUUUUAUGUAUACUUUCCUUUAACCGAGCACCAAUCUCUAUGCAAACCUUUGUUAGAGUAGAGUAACGCCUCUGUGGGAUUAUCAGAUAUCCAUGAUAAUCCGAGGCAAGAAGGCAAAUUUUAUAUCUUUAACGUGUGACAGAAAGAAUAUACUCAUAUUUCAUCAUGUUGCACUGAGCUGUUUAAGUAUAAACACCUUGCAAAUUAAAAAGAAGAAUAUGGCAAGGCUAAUGGGCCGUACACCAUUAAUAAUAAUCCUGUGGAUGGAAAGUUGGCUGGACGGAUAAAGCCAGAUAAGAUUGCUGAAGCAUGAAGCCUUAUUUUCAACUCUGGAGACUGUUUAAUCCCUGUAAAACUACGCUCAUUACCUCGGUGGGAAAAGGGGAGAUUUGCUUAAUUAAGUUGUUAAGAAAGCAGCAAACCCUGCAGCUGUCUGAGACCACGGCAAAUUUCAUUUGGGACAAAGACUGUGAUCGACUGACAAGUGUGUGUGGGUGUGUGUAAAUAAGUGUGUCCUUAACCGCAAGAUAAAAAUACAACACCGUGUAUUUCAACUUCAGUAAUUCUUUACUUUUAAUUGUAUCUGUGCACUUGCAGUUUACUGAACUUUGCCUCCAUGUGCAAAGCGAUGGAUAGAUACACCAAGAUUCACACAAAACAUGCUGUUCAUGAAUGCAUUGUAGGAAAAUGCUUUACGAAAACAUAUAUAAAAAUUAAAAAGGCUAUUAUACUCAAGACUUCGAGGCACAAAUUUACAAAGUAGUCCAUUCAUGCUUCCUACAUAUUAGAACCAUCUCCAAAAUCAAACCCAUUCUUUCACAUCCAUACUUGGAAAAAAAGUAAUUCACACACUAGUCUUCUCCAGACUGGACGACUGUAACUCCCCCCUCUCUGGCGUAAGCCAUAAGUCACAUGGUCUUGAGGUUGAAAUCUAAAGGUGACCAUGCUCUUGCCAUCACGGCCCCUCGGCUUUGAAACAUCCCACCUGAGGAGAUAAGGCUCACAGAGUGAGGGACUUCUUUAAAAUCACUUCUUAAGACUUAUAGACUUGCAUUCGUGUGGGGGUUUCUUUUCAUCCUUUCUUUUGCCUGUUCAUUUAUCUUCAAUGUCAUAUUACUGCUUUUAUGUGUUUAAGUUUCCAUGUGACAUAGCUUUACAUAUAUUCAUUUAAUUUGAACACAUCCUUGUUUCCAGCCGCCUACAUGUGGUGGUCUGGCCUCCUCGUCACAAUUCAUCCUGCCGAUUGUUAUUUCUCUUAUAUUGUCUUGCUUUGCUGUCAAAGCGCUUUGUAAACUCUGUUUUUAAAAUGUGCUCUAUAAAUAAAGUUUAUUAUU